CUCGCGACGCCUUCCCGCUAUCGGCGUUCAGUGUUUCCCCGUCGACCUCGAUAUCCAAGAACGACCACCACAUCUCGCCGACCCGGACCCCGUCGACUCAACACCAACGACACAGAUGUAUGCAAAAAAGGCAUUGGUACUGCUGUUGUACUUUUUAACUGUCUUCUUAACAUUCGCAGUGGCAAAAGGAUAUUUAUCUGAUAAACGCGCCCAGGCAAACUCGUUUCAGACGAUGAUGAGGUACGGGAGAGCGGGAUCGACGAACAACUACUACAAAGACGGAAAGUAUGUUAAAGUCAAUCCAAGGGCCGAUGCAUUCCAUUUGACUACACGCUAUGGAAAGAGAUCCAGCUGGUCACCGAACUCCUCUCUGGUCUAUCCCGUCUCUUCUCCGUGUGUCGAGGACGAGGACCUCUCCUGCACCUACACCGGUAUUUCGGACUUGUACCGUUGCACCACAAGGAAAGAUUCCACGGCCGGCAAUGAAGAGAUCUAAGCAGUUCAGAUAAACGCAAACUUGUGAAUAGUUUGAUAAAUAUUAUUGUAUUAAUGUAAAACUUAUUUAUCUAUCUUCUACUUCUAAAAGUAUUAAACCGGUGUCCCGUCUUAGGGCUGGGGACGAGACACUAUCUUCUUUAACUAUUCUAUAUUUUAUUAUAAAAAUUAUGUAAAAGCAAUGUGCAAUAAAUAUUUAUGUUCCCAA